GGGUACGACAACGUAACGCUUUUGAACGGGGACGAUUUUCGACUUCAAAAUGCGGAAGCGAAAGUGGUGGAGACAAUGGCUGCAUAAAAAUAAAAGAAGAAGAUGCAGCAUAAAUAAUGUUGGCACCGUGCCCACGACCCAUGCUGGUCUGUACGAAGCUGGUACGGUACGAGCAGCAGACAAACAGCGACGAUGCAACUGGUAAAAUUGGAUUGUGCAUUGGUCGGCGGUUGCUGAACCCUAAGUUAGAGCAGAAUUAAAAUUUUAUUUAUAAUCGAACCCAUUUUUCUGGCUCCACCACCAUUGCUUUGUGCCAGUAAACGAGAAAAAACAUAUUCGGACACUUUUCGCGUUCAUAUAUCGUUGAGGAAAGGGCCAGCGAAGGGGAUAGGGUUUGGUUUAACCCAACUAGUUGACCAGUACUAUAAGCUUGUCACACCACUAGCGCAAACUGCUCGACGGAUUGUUUGCCACGGUGGGCAGCUCAUUAUUUACGCCCCUUUGCACGUGAUAAGUGCAGUUUCAGCUUAUGAAUAAUGAAUUGUUGUUCGGUUCACGAGUAGAAGAGGGCAAUCUAGGCAUUUUAAAAGCCAAAAGUACGAUAUAGUUACUUCAUACGGACGUGCGAUUUCACCUAUCGGCGCCGCUCGUACAGUUCCAUUCUGUCGGAUGAUUCAUCAAAAUUCUCCGUUUGUUCGACCUUUCGCACGGGGAAUGCUUACGCUCGUUGGUAGAAAAGAAAAUCCUGCCCCAAUCGGAAAGUGUGUGACCGCACCAGGACGGGUGUGUUCCACCCGGUGUCCAGCUGCUUCCAAUCUGCAUCUGGGCGUGUGGAUGGAAAAAUGUGCCAGCGAGCAAUGCUGAUGUUGCCAGUAGUACGCAUUGUGCCACAGUUCCUGCCAGCCGCCAUAGCCGCAACCCAGCAGCAAGCCCAACCCGCCAGACUGGACUGUCGCCUGCGUCCAUCCGUCCAUGACCAGGUACGAUCGGUACAGCUUGUCGACCGACCAGCAGCAACAGAAGCAGACGCUAAACCCGCAAUCAGCAGCAGCAGCAGACCGGAGGCUCGACACGGUAGCGGUCGCAUCUCGCACGAAGAUGACUGACGAGGAGCUGCUGUUGCUCGAGCGGGCGAACGCCGAGCGGGAUGAGAUAUUCCUGCGCUACGAUCAGGGCCGCAAGUGCGACAGUAUCGAUGCGUGGGAAGAUCCAAUGUUCGAAGUGUACACGCAGGCGGACCGGUACGGCUUCCUGCAUCCCGUGGCGCCGGCCCAGUCGAAGGAGGCGGAGCUGCUGCAGCACCGGAUCGAGAUGGAGCGCGUGAAGAAAUGGGUCAAGAUGCACAAAAACUGGGACGCGGCGGCGACCAAGGAAAAUCUGCGCCGGCGCGUAAUGAAAGGCAUCCCGGAUCGGAUGCGCUCGGCGAUCUGGCGCAAGCUGCUCGACCUGGACCGGCAGAUCCGGGAGAAUGGGGGCAUGUACGACCGGAUGCUGGACUGUGCCCGGCGCCACAGUCCCGACAUACGGCAGAUCGAUUUCGACGUUAACCGACAGUUCCGCAAUCACGUGUUCUACCGCGAGCGGUACAGCGUGAAGCAGCAGAGCCUGUUCCGCGUGCUAGCCGCGUACAGUAUGUACAACACCGAGGUCGGCUACUGCCAGGGCAUGUCGACGGUCGCCGCGGUGCUGCUGAUGUACUUCGACGAGGAGGACACGUUCUGGGCGCUGGACGUACUGAUGACGAAUCAGCGCUACGCCAUGCACGGGCUGUAUAUAGUGGGGUUUCCGAAGCUGAUGCGGUUCCUGGCGCACCACGACCGCAUCCUGACCAAGUGUUUGCCCAAGGUGAAGAAACAUCUCGACAAGCACGAGGUACACUCGGUGCUGUACUCGUUGAAAUGGUUUUUUGUUAUCUUCAUCGAGCGGAUACCCUUCAGUCUUUGUCUGCGGGUGUGGGACAUCUACAUGAUGUACGGCGAACGCGUACUAACGGCGAUGGCUUACACGAUACUAAAGGUUCACAAAACGAAACUUCUUCGGAUGAAGGACAUGGAUCAGGUGACGGACUUCCUACAGACAUCGCUGCACAAACAGUUCGGCUAUGAUGAUGACUAUGUGAUAAAAGCGCUUCAGAGUUCGAUGGACGAGCUGAAGAAGCUAAAACUGCUAAAUCUGCCACCUCCAUCCGCCAACGAGCUACCCACAAUGCCACGGGGGCAAACGGUCGAACCUUCCACAAAGGCCAGAAUCGGCCAUCGCAAUGAACAGUUUUCGGAGCGAGAGAUAGCACUCAAGGAGACGGUGCUGUAUCGCAGCGAAUCGAAGAACGAGGAGGAAGAAGAACAGUACAAUAAUGGCGUGCAGGGGGCCGGAGACCGUGCCGCUACGGCGGAAGAUGAAGACGACGAGCGCACGGAGAAAGAUUACGAUGAUAUUACGGAAGAUACUGUGAGCCAACUGCAUACAGUUUCGGACAUGGAUGGUGGAAGCAUAACGAAGCACUCGCUGACUGGAACAUCUGUAACCUCAACGAACGACAUCAGCCUGACGUCGUACGACCGUACCUGUGAUAUAUUCCGGCUGCAAGCAUCGGGCCAGCAUCCAAGUAGCCGCGAUCCUCCGCCCGCUGGUACCACCUCGGCCGUCCUUUUGCUUGAUCAGCUGGCCGCCCAGCUGUCGGACGAGGAGCUCUCCUCCUACGGGGCAGCCGUCGAGCUUAUGCUGGAUGAUGAAGAAGACGAUGGCGCAGCGGAGGCUGGAAAUCCAGUGCAGAGGACGAAGGAAAGAGACACCGGUGAUGACGUAUCACUUGUGCCGGGAGAGUCGGAGGAGACAGAGUUGGAUCCGAUGGAGCAGUCAGCGACUGACCCUUCCCCGAACGGUCAAACGAAUCCAACGAUAAUGUUGCACUCGCCGGAACAGCAGCAGCCUGCCGUUGACGAGGAAGACGAGGAUGAGCUGACGGAAAAGCAGCUAUCGUUUUAGUUGCUGCGCGAUGCGUGUGUGUGUUCGUUCACAGGUGGUCAAGUCGUUUCACAGGAACUCCUGCCCUUUUGAGUGUAGUUUAGGCUCACAACAUUGCUCACUGCCCAAAGAAGAGGACGAACCUGUGUACUCCUUUUCUUACCUUUAUCCAGUUUUAAGAACAAGAGGAGUGUGGUGUACGAUAAUUUUGCUCUUGGCUGCAAGGUUAGCGGUUUAGAGCGGUAAAAUCGGAAUAUUUCCAACUUUACACAGUGUGAAUAAAGCAUAACUUUGAGAAUGAAAGUGUAACUAAGCUGA